CAUCGAUGAAUGCGCUACAAGUACCCACAACUGCAGCAGGGACAAUGCGACUUGUACAAAUACCAAGGGAUCGUUCAACUGCUCUUGUAGUCCUGGAUUCACCGGAGAUGGACACAACUGUAAAGACAUCGAUGAAUGUGCUGGAGAUACCCACAACUGUAGCAGAAACAAUGCUACAUGCACAAAUACCGAGGGAUCGUUCAACUGCUCCUGUAAGCAGGGAUUCACUGGAAAUGGACACAAAUGCGAAGACAUGGAUGAGUGUGCUGAAGAUCCCCACAGCUGUAACAAGGACAAUGCCACAUGUAAAAAUACCGAGGGAUCGUUCAAAUGCUCUUGUAAGCCGGGAUUCAUUGGGGAUGGACACAGCUGCAGAGGCUUAUUAGGCUUCGUUCCCGAGAUGCCUGCCGAGUCUUGUGGAGAGAUCAAAGCUAGCGAACGAAGGAUGGCUGUCAGUGGUAGAUAUUGGCUGGAGCCCCAGGAGACAAACAUGAAAUCCAAGAAGUUUUUGGUUUAUUGUGACAUGGCAUCAGCGGAUCAGGCCUGGACUCUCCUCGCUCGGUUUUCAAACAGUGACACUAAAAACUGGAUGGAUGACUCAGGAGGUUGGUGGUAUGACAGUACUCAAGCUGCAGGAGAAACCACUGACCCGUCAUACAAAGCAGACAUGAUCUCGCCGGCGUUCUGGCUGGUCAGUGGCAGUGAGAUUAAGAUCACGCGCAAUGAUGACUCUAGUCACACUCCUCUAUUGCAAACAACGGGGAACUGCCUGAGCAGGAAGACAUUUCGCUCCAAAAUUACCGGCUAUGGUGACUUCAGAAACGGUUCAGUUUGGUCCAAAAAUGAGUGCCUAGGAAAAUGCAAUGUUCAAUAUGGUGGACAGUACCUACAAACUGAGGGUUUCGGACAGACUUCAUGCAGCGGUGACCUGCAAGGUGCUGAUGAGGUCGGCUUCUGGUGUAGCUGGAAGUGGGGUGGUUCUGUGAUCAUGAUUGGAGGAGGCGGAGAUAGUUGUUCUGGUGCCGAUCACGGAAUUGCGAUAACGAAGGCGAAACUUGCCUCUUUUAAAAUAAAAGAGCAUGGCAGAAGAGAAGAUGAGUUUGGUGACAGUGCAUGGGGUGAUAAAACGAAAAGAUACUCAUUGAAUUUGUGGAUUCGUUAA